CGACAUUUAAUUUUUUUUAAAUGUAGACCAAAUUUUCAGAUUUUUGUAAAUGCUACAAAUUAAUUCGAUCCUAUUGAAUUGUUCCUUGUUUAAGGUUAUUUUUGUUAACUCCGGAAAAAUACUCGACUCCGUGUGACGUCAGUGGUGCCAGCUGAUAUUGACAACGAGGAAUUGCGUAAAUAGAGCGGCGCAAAAGGGAGAUGCUUAUAAUAUCGAGCAGCUCUCGGCGCGCGACGGCAUCACAUCCCCGCCCGCGCGCAGACUCUACGGAGAGGGUUGUUCAGUAGCUAGCACCCCUGGUACACAUCCCUAUUUGCAGCAGGGGUGAGAUAUACACCAGCAAUCGCCAUUUUCAUCCUUCGCCAAAACAAACGGUCGACCAUGGACUGGCGGCGCCGCGUUCUUUGCCGAAAUACACGGAGAUUUCCAAAUUUGAACUAAGUUCUUGAAACUCGACAAAAUUAGAAAGAAAUCAUGAAGAAGCAGAACGUGCGAACGCUUUCCCUGGUGGUUUGCACCUUCACCUACUUGCUGAUCGGGGCAGCCGUCUUUGACGCACUCGAGUCCGACACGGAGAAAAAGAGAUUCGAGUUUCUCACAGAAGUGAGAGAAAAUCUGCUGCAGAAAUACAACAUUUCGCAAGAGGACUACAAAGUGAUCGAGAUUGUGAUAAUCGAAAACAAGCCGCACAAAGCAGGACCCCAGUGGAAGUUCGCUGGUGCUUUUUAUUUUGCAACCGUCGUCUUGGCGAUGAUUGGCUAUGGGCACUCGACCCCCGUGACCUACGGUGGAAAGGCGUUCUGCAUGGCGUACGCAAUGGUUGGAAUUCCGCUCGGACUUGUGAUGUUCCAGAGCAUCGGUGAACGUCUCAACAAAGUUGCUUCGGUUGUGAUUCGGCGGGGGAAAGAGUGGUUGCGUUUCUCGAAAACUGAGGCGACCGAAAUGAAUUUGAUGUUGGCGACUGGACUGCUCUCGUCCAUAAUUAUAACAACAGGCGCCGCCGUCUUUUCCCGGUACGAAGGCUGGAGCUACUUUGACAGCUUUUAUUACUGCUUUGUCACCCUGACUACGAUAGGAUUUGGUGACUACGUUGCUCUCCAGAACGACCACGCCCUGAGCAACAAGCCAGGUUACGUCGCCCUGAGUUUGGUUUUUAUCCUGUUCGGCUUGGCCGUGGUGGCCGCCAGCAUCAACUUGCUCGUUCUGCGGUUCAUGACAAUGCAAGCCGAAGACAACCGCCGUGAAGAUGACGAGAUGCAGUCAGCGUCCCAUCACGUGGUGACCUUUGAAGGUGACGUCAUGUCCCUGAAUGGCAAAAUCCUGUCGGGCCACUACCUCAGCUCGUCGGUGGCCACGGACGACACCGACCAGGUGUCCGUCUGCUCGUGCACCUGCCUGGGCAGGAAGAGCACCACCCUUUGUCUGCCCACGGUGUGCCGACCCCUCCUCGACGACAGGCGCAAACGCAACCCUCACCCACCGUCACUCACCCCGCAGAAAUUCAAGCGCAUCAAACGCGCUUCGGUAUAGCCAAAUGUUAAAAAAACCUGAUGUUUUCCAAUUAAAUUUUCUGCAUUUUGUUAUUUAAAAAAAAAAAAUAAUAAUAAUAACCUAGAAUAAG